UAAAGUUAGCUGAGACAGAACCACAUGAGCGCAUUGUGAGACCGGAAGCGGAAGCAGUUAGUCGCACACACGGACACACGCUAGGAGUAAUCGGCGCCAACAUGAGUCUGCUAAACAAGCCCAAGAGUGAGAUGACCCCUGAGGAGCUUCAGAAGCGUGAGGAGGAGGAGUUUAACACAGGGCCACUUUCCGUACUGACACAGUCUGUGAAGAACAACACACAAGUCUUGAUCAACUGCCGCAAUAACAAGAAGCUUCUGGGGAGGGUCAAGGCCUUUGACAGACACUGUAACAUGGUGCUGGAGAAUGUCAAGGAGAUGUGGACAGAAGUGCCCAAGAGUGGGAAGGGAAAGAAGAAAUCUAAACCAGUCAAUAAGGAUCGUUACAUCUCCAAGAUGUUCCUACGUGGUGACAGCGUCAUUGUUGUGCUGAGGAACCCUCUACUGGCUGGGAAGUGAUGUCGCCUUGUUUCGCUCUGCCCCCUAGCUCUAACCCUGCUCUCCCUCUACCCUAGACACAAACUGUUCUCCUCCCCGAUCAGUGUGACCACAGCAGUGACAGCGGGUUCUUUAAGACUCUAGUCCUCUGACAAGACGUGGAUUUGCCACAUGACAUACCCCAGAGAUGCUUAGUGGUACUAGGUUGUCCUUUGUUAAUUAUCUUUUAGUUUUGUUUUGUUUUUUUUAAAUAAAGAAGUUUCCAGAA